AAGCAUAACACAGUUUUGAUUUUAAAUUACACCAUGCGUCUGCCAUAUUUAUCUUUUUCACUUCAAUUAUUUCCAAGCACUGGCUCCAAUCAACAGCUUAAUACAAUUAAACUACUACUUUGCUACUGCAAAACACACAUCGACAUGGGACCUGAAUAACAUACAUGGAAGAAUGUACAGCGAGAGAGAAAGGUUCAUCUUCCUGAUCUUGUGUGCACACGAAGCAGUUAGGGUGGUUCCCCUUGACUUAAAGAAGCUGGACGACAAAAAAGGACCGGUUACAGCUCUGCAUCAAUGAAAUGAAAAAAACAAAAAUCACAGAGCCACAUGGAUGACAGGAGUGACAUGUGUAUCCUGAACGGUUGACCAUCGGUCAUUCCAUGAAUUGCGGAACACAAAUGUUUUUAUCGUUCUUUAAUUCAAUUAAAAAAAAUGUUGUAAUAAUUUGACUUAGGCUAGAUUUAGGUCGUUCCCUGCUCAAGCCUGACCAAGGUAUGUUUAUCUAUGCCUCGGCUUUUAAUAUAUCGUAGUCUUGUUGAUCCGUUACACGUAUAUUACGAAAUUUGUCUGGCCAGUUGCAGUCAAUAACUGUUUUAAUGAAACCGGGGCAGUUACUUGCAUCGCUACACAAAUUAUUUUACGCACAUUUAAUCCUCUCCAACAACAUUUUAUGAUGCCCUUAGACUGCUUAAGUAGUUUUGUUGCAAGAAUAUAAAUUGGUCUGCACAAAAGUCCUCAGAUUUCUCUUAAGAAAUUAAGUCCCUAUUUUAGUUUAUUUCCUCUGGCACAUAUCAGGUUUGCCAUUAGUACAUGAAAAUUUUGAAAAUAGCUACCUGCUUUUCGAUAGACACACAAUUUGUUUUGUAUAAAAACAGGUUUUGACCAAGUUAAAUCAGGAACUCCUGCAUAUGAGCCAUAGAUGGAUUAAAUAACUUAUGAUCCUGAAGGAAUAUUUUACUGCAGGCCAUAGAUAAUGUUUUUCUCGAAAGAACUCAUAUAUUGACCAAUAUCGCAGGACCUUUGCCAAAUACCUUUACAUCUUUGAAAACUUUUAUACUUUUACAAAAAAAUUGUUCAUGUGUUUAUGAUGUGUCUCACACACAAAUUUUUCAAUGACUUUGUUUAAGGAUGAUUAAUAAUCAGUGCAGAAUGUGUGUAGAAAAAUUUAAAAUAUUUUUACUAAAAGUUGUGCGAGACAAAUCAAAGCGAAGAGGUUUGUAAACUUUCAAGCCAGCCAAUAUCUGUGUACAAUAUGUCAAUAACCUCUACUGAUUUAGGUUUGAUUUGGUAUGAUUGUAUGUGUAACGAACUGCCCUAGUCAUAUGAAUUGCCAAUGUGCAACGAACUGCCCCGAUCAUGCCAGCCAAUCAGGGGGGUGGUCAAAUAUGGUGUAAUUCUGAUUUUCCUUACAUUAUUCGACUGCAAUUUGAAUCUCCAUUUCACAGCAGUUUCAAGACAUGUGUAUGAACAUUCUAACGCAGGACCAUAUUUUUUAAAUUGCAGGUCUACCAUGGGAAGACAAAUGAAUUGUGGCAUGUUACUGGGGAAUGUAGUUUUAUUUAUUAUUCUGUUGUUUUGAUCACAAAUGUUGUAAUAAUUAGACUUAGGCUAGAUUUAGGAUGUACCCCGCUCCAGCCCGAUCCCAGGUAUGUUGUUCCAUGCACCGCUUAUCUUUAAAUUAUAUGCCUUUGUUGUUAUGAUACAGGCACUUUAACAUGACAAAUUUUUUAUGUGGGUCUCGAACAUACUAUUUCUCAAAUGAAACACCUGAGACCCAUUCAAGGUUGCCGCUAAAGAUUUUCUUAGGAACUUUUUUCCACAAAAAAUCUUUCACACACAAGAUCUUAGUUUCCCCUUUAAAAAACUGCCUGCUUUUUCCUCCAAUAUGAAAUCAUAAUUUUUAAAACGAUGACACACAAGUUGGUUUCUCUAAUUUAAAAGUAACAAUCAAAUCCACAUGAAUACAUAUCUGUUAAGUUAAAGUGCCAAUUUUCUUCAGAUCACCCUUAUAUGCCACACAGGUUCUGACCUGUGUAGGAAUGGAAUGAAUAAGCCUAGGGCAGAGUAUAAGGGUAUUUCAGAAUUAUUUUACCCACUUGAACUAUGGUGUUAGACUGUUAGUCUCUGUGUAGUCAAACCAUAGCUAACGCGAAAAGGCUAUGGAGGUUAUGCCUUAUUGGCCUAAUCAAAUUAGGGGGUUACUCGGCCCUGGUCCUCUGGAAAACUAUUUCAUGUUUAAAAUAUAGUUCUUUACAAAUAAACUAACAUUAGAUACUUAAUAUAUAUCAUUAGAUCAGUUGAGUUACAGCCAGAGCACACUUUCGGUUAAAAUGUGCGAACCAAUUACAAAAUCCAAAAUACAAAAAACGUAGAAGACAGCCGAACACUUGUGAUAGUGUUAGUAUUUUGUCUUCUAGCAACAUUUUCUGGUUGUGACCUUUUAUUACAUUGAUACUACUUAGGACCAACAUACUGAACAGAACAUAGAUAGGACACAACAACUGGAGGAAGUUUUAUUUAGUUGUCUUCAUAACUUGGGUACAUCAAACUCUAGGCACCCAUAAUAUAUAGCACUACCUCCUGCAAACCACAUAUAUCUUCCCUGGAAUUGGUAAACCUCAAGGCUUAGGCUCCUCGAUCUUUAUGCCCUUCAUUUUCUUCAUUGGGACUGUUGAAGAAGACUCUCCAAACAGAUUCUUCUUCAACUUUUCUCCAUCAAUUUCAAGCGCAAUCCUCUUUUCCUUGCUCAGCAGUGGUGGGCUUGUUGAAUUGAUACUCUGGGACGACCCAACCUAAAGAUUAAGGACAAACUUGUUAGUUGAAUGUCUGAGGAACCAUUUGUUUUAAUUUUUGAAGGACAAAAAAAUGAAGGUUAACAUUCUCUGUGCCACAAAACUCCUUCCUCAACAGGGCAAACUCAUCCUCAUCCUAAACAUUUCAAAAACAAAAGCUUGUGUCAUAAAUCAUAAUAUAUAUGCAGAAAGUUUAGGUGUCUUAAAACUGCAAAUAGUCAGUUAUGUACAAACCUCAGCUGUGCUUGUCUCAGAAACAUAAAGGGAUAUAACCCUAGGAUCAGUAUUCAUUCUAAGCACACUGAAGGUUUGGUUGCCCUUGUAGUUCCGGCAGUCCAUCUUGCAUUGCACAUGGAACAAUGCCCUGAUAUCCAUCAGGGCAUUGAUCUCCGAAGGAAAGUAGUGGGGGCCAAAAUUUCUCUAUAGAAAAACUCUGUGUAAGUCGGUUGUUCUUAAAUACGUAGGAAAAAAGCUUAACUUAAACCGAAAAAAUUUCCAGUAGGUGUCAAACCUUGGCCACUUGUUCCUUCAAAGACGAAGCAGAACGACCUAUCAGACACGAAACUUCCCUAUCCCACAGCGUGAAUGAUGCAUGUGAUGUUCUGUCGAUGACCCUAACGUUGACCUUGUACCUGCACAAUAAAAUUUUGGGCCUUCAUGUGUACUGAAAAUCUUAUGCUUUCACUAUUAAAUUCGGAAUAGAGUACACUGACCGAAGGACUGCAUCGGAAGUGUUGCAAGUUAAACACUGAAAUGUGUCACCAUUGGGCGUGACUUUGCGGUUACAUCCAAUGCAAGAAACGUAAGACCAGUCUCUGUGACUGUCUAUUCCAGCAAUCUCUCCGUAGACCCAGUGUUUGCCAUCCUUAAAAAAUAAAAAUGAGGUAAAUAUGAUAUAGGGAUGUUGUAAAGCCUGAUACGUUUUGAAUAUACCUCCUCCAUUCUUGUCAGUUGGUCAAUAGUGACCAGUUCGAUCUGUCCGCUGCUAAUGUCUCCUUCGUUGGAGGUAUCCGAAGAUAUUGUAAAGCUUAAACCCUCCCCACACCUUUUAGCCAUUCUGUGCGUGUAAAAAGUGUUUGAUUGGUUGCGUCAAUCAUCACAUUAAAACAGGCUCUAGAAGACUGUAAAAUUUUAAGGUCUUUACCUCGCCUUAAAAUCAUUGAACACUUCCUCCGAACCAUUCAUAAUGACUUUGGUGGUGUUACACAUAUUUGACACAUGCACUUGACCUAAAGUCAAUCUAUCUGUUAGUAUGAAAAUGUAAACCCACAAAAGUAUGAAUUUAGUGCUCAAUAGUUUUACUCUCUUGGUAUUAAGAAGUCAGAUAAUGGUCACCUUGGUAUUUUCUUGCUCUGCAGCAUUGCAGAAGCAUGACAAUGGGUUCUGUUGUGGUUAGUUUGUAGGUAACCAACAUAUCUACCAUAGGACCCCACAGCGUGCAUGCGAUUACAUUUCCCCUUGCAAAACAUUUUUUGAUAAGGAGAAUGAACAAAUAAUGUGAUACAACGUUCAUUAUAAUGUUAAAUUUUACUAACUCAGUAUCUCCCAAAAUGAGCUCAAUCAGUUUCUUGGGUCGAUCAUUCUUUAGAAUCGUUUUAGGGUCUUUGUCAUGGACAACCUGGCCGAUGAUAUCUGCAUCGUCAUUUAUUUUUAGCAUUUCAUAUAAUAUAAGGAACACCAAUUGUCGUUUCUUUUAAUGCCCAAAACAUACCGAUUGCCGCUCUAUCAUCUAUAGUGUCUUGUGCGUGUAGAGUGGAAAAGGACACCAAUGAAAACGUCUUCAAUGGAAAUGGAAUUUUCAUCUCAAAUGCCUCACUUUUUUUAAAAAAUCUUAGCCUGUAAGCACUUGUUGUUGUUUUGAAAAACAUAAAGUUUUCUUCCACCAUGAAAUUUUUAACUGCAAAGACAUGACCCUCCUUAAAUAAGGCGUGAAACUUGACAACAAACUGAUCAGGAACGUGAGCGUGAAUCUUUGAGCCCUGUUAUACAAAAAAAUUUGUUAAGAAUUAGGGUAAAAACAUGUUUAAUAUUAAUUAGAAUAUACGAACCUCUGCGUCAUGAAAGAUCACUUCCAGAGAUGGCGGAAAGCCAUCGUGGGCAGGCUCACGGUAUACCCUUGCAGCCCUAGCUUUGAUGGCCCAGGUCGUUUUAGUCUGGUCUAUCUCGCGUAUCAUAGACCACAUUCCAACCAUUUUGAGAAUUUGUUUACUUGGACAGGAAAUUUGUAAUGAAAUGUUUUGGUGUGGGAAGAAGUGUUCCCGUGGGUUGCUUUUUAUAGGGGAGAUUAAAUGUGUAGAUACAUUUCCAAGUUACAUUGUCUAGUUCAUCCUCAACUAUUUUGAGUUAGGAACUUUGAAAAUUCCCAAUAAGUAUACUGUUGAGCCACCCAUUCCUGCCAAUAGGAUUUAUUGUGAGACUAUUCCCACCACCCUCUUUAACCAAUAGCAAAAAAGUAGCUCCAUCUUUUUGAAUCCUAGCCACAAAAAUGAAUAGGCAAGGUUGGAUAAUCGGGAUUCAAUCUAUCUCCAUGUGUGUAAACAGUGUACAUUCAUUUUUGACCAUUAGGAGUGCAGGAACAUGCCUCCUUUUACUGUUUGCGCCAUUUUGGAAGUAACCGGAACCCAUCCUUCGGAUCAACCCAAAUGAACUCUUAUUUACCCGUUCUUUAUUUUAUUUACCAUGCCAACCAACAAAUCCAAUCACUUUUUACAAUUUACCUCAACCAUAGCUUGAUGUUGACAUUUUUGGGAGGGAGUACUAUUCACAAAAUUCUUUUGCUUUUAUAUUAGUAUAGAUAUUAUAUACUACGUAUUUAUUUAAUUAUUACGAAUUUAAUUAAAUUUUAAUAUUAUUUUGGUAAAAAAACUAGUUAAGUCAUAAAUUGGGAAAGUGAAUAAGUUUUAGUCAUACCUAGGGUAAUUAUCUCAUAAAACAAUGAUGGUGGGUCGGUGGAUUAACGAUGUGUGGGAGAAUUAACGGUGGAUCGGGAAAAAUAACAAUUUUUUUGGGAGAAUGGAUCAGCACUCACGUAUCAAAUACGUAUGCCACCUUUUGCAGCCAGACACCAAUGUCAACGGCCUAUUCCAUCUUUUGUAGUAUAAACUUCGUGUAUAAAUACACAGACACAAUACCUCUGCUGUGUAAAUCGAAACUCGAUCAAUAUAAACUGGUUAAUCUCCAUUCUUAUUCAUAUUUCAUACUAAUCUUUAAUUAUAGUGAGGUAUACACGGAUACCCAAAUUAAGAAGAUGAAAGAAGCAUUGGAGAUAGUCUUCAUUCCGAUGCCUGUUAUGGGUCACAUAAAUGGCAAAGCGCAUUAUGAGCAAGCAAUUCGGCAGCAGCGAGAAGGUGGAGGUUAAUGUUAUCAUCACCAUUCUAAUAUUGAAGCAACAGUCGUCUCUUGAUGCUCAAACCAGCAAUUACGUACAUUCAAUCUCAAGCGAAGGCGGCCGCUGAUGAUGAUUACUCCCGCCACCGGAGAUUGAAGUUUGACACGUAUUUGAUGCGUGUUGAGAUCGGAUUUUGAUGAUUUUCCUAGUUUUAAGGUGUUACAAGUCUCAAUUUUAGCUUAAGUUAUGUUUACCGGGCGUUGGUUCGAGUUUUGUGUUGUUUGUAGUCAAAAUCAGGGAAUUUGAGCCCGGGUACCGGCACUUGAGGAACAAUCGGGAUGAUUUGAGAAGAAUUUGAGAAUGAUUUGAUAGCUUUGGAGGUCACCGGAAGAUUCACGAUGAAGAUUUGAAGGAAAAAAAGGUCUAGGAUUGGUUACGGGGUCAAAAGAAAACGAAUAGAGCUUGAAAACGGCGAUCAGGAUGACCUUCUGUCAAUCGUUCAAGCAUAUCUCCUUGUAGAAACAACCAAAGAACACGAUUCAAAGUCCAAAUGAAAUCCAACUUCAAGAGCUACAAAUCAUAUGAAGACAUAAUUCCGAGAAUCCGAUAGGAAGAAGGAGAAAACAGACGAUGAAGUCAGAUGAUCUCUGCUGCGAUUUCAGAAUGAUACCUUCCACCGUUUUGAUCAUAUCUCUUGAUUGGAUGAUUCAAAUAACAUUUGGCAAAUUGGAGUGGAUAGAGGACUUCAUUAUCUACAACUUUCAUGAAGAAAGUUUGGUCCAAUUCGGAAGUUUUACGCACGCCAUGCGUAGGGGAACGCACGACCGUGCGUCUGAGGCGAGAAAGCACGGAAGAUACUGCCAGCAACGCACGGCCGUGCGUUGGGGGACGCACGCCGUGUGUUCCAUAUUUUUACGCGGCUAUGCUCCGGGCGCACUGGGGGACGCAUUCCGUGCGUUGGCCCCGUGCGUUACCCCUGGAAUCCUAAUUUCGCCCGAAUUUGUUCCGUUUUUCCUACUUAAACAGCCUGUAAACCCCGUUUUCGAGGGGGGCUUAGAGAGAGUGCCUAGCACGAAUUUUAGAGGACUUUUCAGCCUUGUUCAUCAAUCUUUUGGGAUUCUUUGUAAGUUCCACAUUUUUAAUUAAUGACAAUUACUUCUAUUCUUCCCAAUUCUAUUGAUUCUUCAAUUAUGAAUUGUGAGUAGUUUUAAUUAGGGAUUUGGGAUUGAUGAAGGGGUUAAUCAUGAUGUAUGGCUAGAUUCUUUUCGGUUUAAUUGCAUGAAUGCCGUUUAAUUUGUGUUUGAAUAAUUUAAUUGAUAUCUUUUGUAACCUAGAAUCGCGACUAGAAUUACAAUUGCAUGUAGAAUAAAUUAAGAGAGAUCUAAUUUGUUCUAGGACACAUUCACACACACUUAAUCGUUCGCUAAGAGAUUAGUAGCGAUUAAGGGGCCGUAAGCUCGCUCGUCUUGGCAAUAAUUUAGGAUCCUGUCGCAUGAGAGAUCAGUCUGGUCCCCUAAAUUAUUGUACUCUACGCCGCGAGAGCGGUAAGAACUUAGUAAUGAUCAGCUAGGCUCAAUUAAAUUAAUUUCAUGUAAUUAGGCCUGAUCAGCCAGAAAUCUGGUUACCCCGGAAUUGAUCCCUGUUCCCUUCGUCAUUAAUUAGAAAGAACCCCCUGGUUUAAUUGUUCGCAUUAGUUUUAUUUUCCAAACCAACUAAUCUCGCACGACGCUUUUAUUUUAUUUUCUUUUUAUUCGCUGAAUUUAAUUAAUUCUUGAUUCCCUUUUGUCCGUCCCUGUGGAGACGAUACUCGUACUUACACCACUAUAUUACGAUCUAUUUUAAGUGCGAGAAAACACACAUCAGUGGGUUGGCGAAAUUUGGUAUGGGUAAACUACACUUAAUGGUGACGGUGUCGGUUUUAAGAGUUAAUUAAUUUCAGCGAGAUUUUUUUUAGUUAGUUUUUCUUCGUAGGAUUUUUCUGUGCUAACCUUUCAGUUUUUUUUUCAAAGAGGCAUGAGAUGAACCCAUUCAGCCAAAUUUCUGGAGGAAUUCCUUUUCCCCAAACCUCCAUGGAAUUUUCACCAUAUACGCCAUACCCUCCUUACACUCCUCCUCCUCAAUAUUACACACCUCAUCAAAAUUACUCUCCUACACCACAAAAUAUUCAGCCUUCUUAUCCGUACACUCCAACCACACAACCCUUUCAUUCUGAUUCUUACUAUCCUUCAUCACAUUACCCUUGGGUAAGCGUAAGACGAGGCUCCAUUCUUGAAUUUAUGCUUCUAAAUAAAACGCCUGAGGAAAUAUCUUAAUGUUUUAAGGAUAUCAUUUGUUCCUUCUGUGGAGGAGAUCACCAUUUAUGUCUUUGCCCCAUCAAACCUCUAUAUGACCAUCCUUUCCGGGAAACUGCUUACCCCACUUCUUCCUCCCCACAAUUUACGAACACAAAUGUUUCAGUCACUCCUACGUCUUUGCCGAGCUAUGAGCCACAGGAUGAAGUGGAAGAGAUAAUUUCAGAGAAGCUGUCUGACCUGGAAGAAACACUCAGGCAAGUCAUGCAAGCAACUGAGGCGAGCAUGGCAAUUCAACAGCAAGCAAACACAAGGAUGCAGAACAUGGAUAAUCAAUUGGGGCAGAUUAUAGAGGCUUUAUCUGAGGAGUCCGAGAGAUCUCAUCCUAGCGACACAGACGCCCAACCCGAGGAGACCAAUAUGGAUGAUCACGUGAGCGAGUCAGACUAUGAUAGUGGGAAUAUGAUGGAUGAUACACUUCUUGAUGCCUUUGAAGACCCACCUAUGGUUGAAGAUGAUGAAGAAGAUAGUAGUGUCAAGUUGUUUUUCCAAGAAUACAGGAAAAAGUUUCAAACGGUACAAGUUGUAACUGAUGAAGUCACUGAUCAUUGUGAUUUUCAUACAGAAACUCCCCAGCCAUUUGAUUUACCAUUAGUCUCAGCACCUGAGGAGGGCAAGGAGAAGAUCAGUCUUGAUGAUUGUGCUACUGAGGUAGGUUUAGGUAUUAACGAGAGUUGGGAUGCCUUCAUGGAGAGUGAUACAGAGUUUGGAGGAGAGGUUGUGAAUGUUCAUGAUAUUUGUGGAGAAGAAAAAGACUUUUCUAUGGUGCAUUUUGAUCACGGUGUUGCUCCUAAUCUUUGCUUUGAGACAUCUUUUGAGCUUCCGGUGACACCUAGAGUAAUCAAAGUUUUCACUCAUGUUCCCUAUCCACCUGAAGAGGAUGAGAGUUUCAUACUUCACUUCUGCGCUGAUGAGGGUUAUGAAGACCAUAUGCUGCCUACGUGGACUGAAGAAUUUAAAGAUCUGCGCCAACUAAUGGCAUUUGUUGAGAGGAAGCUGGAGAUGUUGACUAUUAGUGCACCACUGAUGUCUGUGCUAUUUGAGAGCCUAUGAGGAAGUUGUGUCGGGCAAACGACGUUAAAAAUAGCGCUUCUUGGGAGGCAACCCAAGCUUAUUUCUGCAUUUUGUUUGUUUGUUUGUUUGUUUGCUUUCAGAAAACCCCCGAAAAAAAAUCCGGGGUGUUUUUUGGGUUUGUUUUUGUGUUCGUGUGUUUUGUUUUUGCAGCUCAGGAUCUUGCUUUGGGGAUGAUGUACCGAGGAUCAUUGACUAAGUUUAGUUCUGCACCGACCAGCCCCUUAGGGAAGUUUCUGCGACUCUUUUAAUCGCCUUUUUGUAAUAAUUGACUUGAGCUAAGUUGAGCACGCGUGACCCUUUCCCCUUUACCCCCUUUGUGCAUAGUGCAUUUUUGGUCAUCGAGGGCGAUGCCAAAGUUUAAGUGUGGGGGAGUGAUUUGGGCAUUCGGGCAGUAGUUGUUACAUGUGAUUAUUAGAGUUAGCAUGCGCAGGUAUUAGUUGUAUAUUCGUAGAAAAGUCAUGUCAAAAUUCUGAAAAUUUUUCUUUAAACUGUGUCUUUGUGAGCUGACUAGCGUUUUGACUAUGCUUUUAUGACAUUCUUGAAGUGUUUAGGCUUAAAUUGCUUGCAUGGUAAUAUAGUUAUUGAAAGGAUGAAGGCAAUAGUCACCCAUUGAAUUUUCCAUUAAUCAUCCCCCCACCUGAAAAAAAUCCUUUAGGAGAAGCCAUUUUGAGCAUGACCGUUUAUUGUUUAUCCAAUUAAUUGAUCUCCAUAGCCAAAUGGACCGUGUUUCCUUACCCGUGAAUAUUUCUGACAUAGUUUUGAUGUUUAGGGAACUAAGGGAUUGAUUUGCUAAGUUUAGGGAAUUUGUGUAGGAGCCAAUUUUGGCACUGUUCCUAUGCCCCAAAUGAGGUAAGAGCAGUCAUCUUUUAGGAAUAUGAUACUUUCGAGGAUUGCAUUGUACGUAGGCAUGGAUUCACUUUGAAAUUAAUGAACAUUAAUUGCUAUUUUUCCUUGGUGAGGCCGAGAUUAGAAUGGGGUAAUGUUUAGUAAAAAUAUGAAAAUUGAAAAAAUUAAUUAAUAGCUAGACCUCUUACUUUGCGAAAAAGAGAAUGGGAGCCCCGGUCAAAAAGCGUAAGAUGAGACUUGGGUAUCUUUCGAAAGAAAUGGCAUUCUCGUGCCAACAUGACAAGGAAAAUUAAACCUAAUUAAAUGAACAUGGAGGCUAUUGCAAAAUUAGCUUUAGUCCUUCGCGUACUUCAAGUAUACGUCAAUGCACAAAUGUGCUGAGACGGUUUAGCUUAGUUGUACACCAUGUAUACUCUUUGCAUAGGUUUAAAUGAUUGUUCCUAAAUUGUGGCCUACUAAGUUCCUUAUUCUUAAAAAUAGCCCCGAAAUUCCCAAAUGCAUUGAGUCUUUGUCAGGAUGUUCCAAACUCUCAAAAAAAAAAGAUGGACUGAUUUUGUUUAUUACCAUUCACCAUUCACAGUCACCUUCACAAGUCCUUCUGAUCAAUAGCUAGUUUAUUUGUGUGUGCUGUCAUUACUCUAAGGAUGUUGUGAAUACUUUGUCAAAUAGUUUAGCUAGAGUACAAAGAUGUAGUUUAAGGAAGAAUUUUCUUGGUUUAGUUUGUCUGUUCUGUGAAUAUCCCUUUAACUACAUGUGCAUGCUAAUUGUUUUGAUUCCGUGUGGUGAUUAUCGUAAGUCCCGUGUUUCAGUUUGCUUGAGGACAAGCAAAGGCUUAAGUGUGAGGGAAUUUGAUAAGUCCGUAUUUUGACACGUAUUUGAUGCGUGUUGAGAUCGGCUUUUGAUGAUUUUCCUAGUUUUAAGGUGUUACAAGUCUCAAUUUUAGCUUAAGUUAUGUUUACCGGGCGUUGGUUCGAGUUUUGUGUUGUUUGUAGUCAAAAUCAAGGAAUUUGAGCCCGGUACCGGCACUUGAGGAACAAUCGGGAUGAUUUGAGAAGAAUUUGAGAAUGAUUUGAUAGCUUUGGAGGUCACCGGAAGAUUCACGAUGAAGAUUUGAAGGAAAAAGAGGUCUAGGAUUGGUUACGGGGUCAAAAGAAAACGAAUAGAGCUUGAAAACGGCGAUCAGGAUGACCUUCUGUCAAUCGUUCAAGCAUAUCUCCUUGUAGAAACAACCAAAGAACACGAUUCAAAGUCCAAAUGAAAUCCAACUUCAAGAGAUACAAAUCAUAUGAAGACAUAAUUCCGAGAAUCCGAGAGGAAGAAGGAGAAAACAGACGAUGAAGUCAGAUGAUCUCUGCUGCGAUUUCAGAAUGAUACCUUCCACCGUUUUGAUCAUAUCUCUUGAUUGGAUGAUUCAAAUAACAUUUAGCAAAUUGGGGUGGAUAGAGGACUUCAUUAUCUACAACUUUCAUGAAGAAAGUUUGGUCCAAUUCGGAAGUUUUACGCACGCCGUGCGUAGGGGAACGCACGACCGUGCGUCUGAGGCGAGAAAGCACGGAAGAUACUGCCAGCAACGCACGGCCGUGCGUUGGGGGACGCACGCCGUGUGUUCCAUAUUUUUACGUGGCUAUGCUCCGGGCGCACUGGGGGACGCACGCCGUGCGUUGGCCCCGUGCGUUACCCCUGGAAUCCUAAUUUCGCCCGAAUUUGUUCCGUUUUCCCUAUUUAAACAGCCUGUAAACCCCGUUUUCGAGGGGGGCUUAGAGAGAGUGCCUAGCACGAAUUUUAGAGGACUUUUCAGCCUUGUUCAUCAAUCUUUUGGGAUUCUUUGUAAGUUCCACAUUUUUAAUUAAUGACAAUUACUUCUAUUCUUCCCAAUUCUAUUGAUUCUUCAAUUAUAAAUUGUGAGUAGUUUUAAUUAGGGAUUUGGGAUUGAUGAAGGGGUUAAUCAUGAUGUAUGGCUAGAUUCUUUUCGGUUUAAUUGCAUGAAUGCCGUUUAAUUUGUGUUUGAAUAAUUUAAUUGAUAUCUUUUGUAACCUAGAAUCGCGACUAGAAUUACAAUUGCAUGUAGAAUAAAUUAAGAGAGAUCUAAUUUGUUCUAGGACACAUUCACACACACUUAAUCGUUCGCUAAGAGAUUAGUAGCGAUUAAGGGGCCGUAAGUUCGCUCGUCUUGGCAAUAAUUUAGGAUCCUGUCGCAUGAGAGAUCAGCCUGGUCCCCUAAAUUAUUGUACUCUACGCCGCGAUAGCGGUAAGAACUUAGUAAUGAUCAGCUAGGCUCAAUUAAAUUAAUUUCAUGUAAUUAGGCCUGAUCAGCCAGAAAUCUGGUUACCCCGGAAUUGAUCCCUGUUCCCUUCGUCAUUAAUUAGAAAGAACCCCCUAGUUUAAUUGUUCGCAUUAGUUUUAUUUUCCAAACCAACCAAUCUCGCACGACGCUUUUAUUUUAUUUUCUUUUUAAUCGCUGAAUUUAAUUAAUUCUUGAUUCCCUUUUGUCCGUCCCUGUGGAGACGAUACUCGUACUUACACCACUAUAUUACGAUCUAUUUUAAGUGCGAGAAAACACACAUCAGUGGGUUGGCGAAAUUUGGUAUGGGUAAACUAGACUUAAUGAAGAAGAUGCUCAAAAAAUUUCAUCAAAAAAUUCCACCGAGAAUCGCCCCAAUUGGCGACAGCCGGGCAUAACCUCCUAUAUAAGGGGCUAAUUGAACACUUUAAGUUGGUUCAUGUACCUAUUUCACCCUUUAGCCUAUUAUAUAUAUGCAAUAUUAUACUUUUACAGUAAUUUUUAUUAAAAUAUGACCUAUUCACUCCUAUCUUGGUAAAUUUUAACCAACAUAUUCUUUGAGUAGUCCUAUUUUUUAUUCAUCAAUCUAGAUAUGAAGUAUAUGUAAGGCUGAGGAAAAAUAUUGAAUGUGACAUCAAUAAAUUAUUAUUUGUAUUUUAUAACAUUUUAAUAAUGCACUAAAUAUGUUGCUAAUAACACAAAUUCUCUAUAUUUUGUUAGUCUAUGAUAAUUUGUUGUAUUGAGAGACAUGCAUGGUAAUUUACCGUACCGUUAGUCCGUUACCGAACCGAAACUUCGGUAUACCGAAAUGCGGUAUAUCAAAACUUCGGUAAUGUAUCAAUAUAUAAAUCUUGUAAAUCGAAAGUUUUGGUAUGACAAAUAUAUGAGAGAAUAUAUUCGGUAUACCACUAUACCGUACCGAACCACCCCUAAGUAUAUGAGAUAAAUUUAAUGCGAUGGCCAAUAGGUGAAAAGCCUAAAAUGAGACAAAUAAGGAUACGAGAGAGACAAACAAAUCUACUUCAUUUAGCUAUAAGUUUGUGCCCAAAUCCUUCACAGUGAGGUGAGCCGGUGAGGUCAAGAUUUUCUUAUGUGUCUUCCAAGUUCCAAUAUUUGGUUCUUGAAUCAUACUCCCUCCGCCCCGAAUUAUAAGAUACUUUUCGUUUUACGAUGUUUGACUGAUAAUAAAAUAAACGGGUCCCUGUCUGCACUCAAACUAUUUUUAGAAGAAAAAAACUACAUAUUCAGAAACUACAUUAAAACUGCUACAAAACCUGCAAAAAGUAAUUCAAGUUUCAUAAAUUUUUGAUAUUUAAAGUAAGAGAUUAAGAGUAAUUUAUGAGUGAAUAGUAAAGAUAUCUUAUAAAAUAGGAGUAAAAUUUAAGCUUUUCCCUUCAAAAGAAAAAUUAAUUUAUGUCCGCUGUCUCCACUCCCCACCAGUUAUUCCCAGAUUCGCCCUAGCUAUUGAUGUACUGAGUAAUGGUUUGCCGCUGUGGUUAAGCUCUUUUUAAACUCAAGGACACAGCCUCGUACAUCUCCUGCUGGGAUGAUGGCUACUAGAAGGAUGGAUAGAUUCAGUGAGCUUCCUUCGGAAAUACUUGAAAGCAUAUUGGGAUUAUUGGCCAUUCAAGAAGCUGCUAGAAUGGCCAUUUUAUCUAACUUCUGGAGACAGAUGUGGUUCAAUCUUAGGGAUCUCAAAUUUGAUUGUAACUUCUUUCAUUACAUCGAGAGGAAAUAUUCAUCUGCUCACAGUGACCUCAUGACCAAAACAACAAAAUCUGAAACAAUGAAUAGUGAUGUCUUGACCUCUGCUGGCAUGCAUGUAGUCAACAAAGUUCUCAUGCAGCACAAUGGUCAUAUUCGCAAAUUUGAAUUUUCAUUUAUUAAUCAUGGGAGGAGUUCGCUUACAUCACGGGCAUUUGAAAUUGAUCAAUGGUUCCUUUUGGUCACACGAAAAGGUGUUGAACAACUCGAUAUUCGUUUUCUAGUAGAUAAAGAUGAAUACUCGCUGCCUAAAUGCAUAUUCUCUUGUCCAACACUCAAGAGAUUGUGGAUCCACGGAGUCUCUGUUGAACCAUUAAAUAUGCCUUGCAUAUUACCUAAUGCCACCUCACUUGCUUUUGUAAAUUCUAAAUUCGAGCCUAAUGUUGCUCUAGAUUACAGGGUUAAUGUUCCUAUGCUCGAGAGACUGUUGCUUAUCGGAUGUGAUAACAUGUUCAGUUUUAACAUUACUGCAUCGAAACUCUUUGACUUAAAGAUUCAUUCUUGUUGGUAUGAGCAGUGCAGUGGUUUUCUCCCAGUUCACUUGGAUUUGGGAUCUGUUAUUUCUCUUGAUUUAGAUGCCCUUUCUCUCAAGAAAUUUGUUGAAGACUUCCCAAACAGUGGACCACAACUACAACCACAUGAACUAAAUGUGGAGUACCUCUAUUUAUCAAAUCCAUAUAAUGAAGAUAAUGCUUCUUCUGCCUUCAUUCAUUUGUUGAAAUUAUGUCCAAAGUCUCAUGAAAUUCAUAUGGAUAUGGCGUUUGUCGAAGCUCUGAGAGAUUGUUUAGGCACAAAGUCGGAGAAUUCAAAGGAACUUUAUCGUGUGGCAGAAACACACAACUUGCUUCACACUUUGAGUAUUGAUUUCUUUGAUGCAUGUGAGAAUUAUCUGCCUUUGGUCAAGGGGCUACUUUCCUCCUUUCCAACACUUGUGAAGUUUGUCAUAAAGGACCUCGACUCUGAAUCUAAUAAACAGAUUUUGGAACUUCCCACAAACGUUGAAAUGACGGUUGUGAAUUUUGAAUAUUGAAUGAUGUUUGGAAUUUGUGAUUGGCAGUGUAGGCAUUGUGUUUGGCAUUUUCUAUCAUUUCAAUUAAAUCAAUGAUUUCUGGAUAGCGUAGCCAAUUAUGGGUAGGCAGUAGUUUCACUACAAACUUUAUCAAGUUACAGUAUACUAAAGUAUUGUUUUGUUGUUGAUGCUAAUGUGGCUAAUAACUACUACGUCUAAUAUUAGUGGAGGAAUGUUGUUAUUCCUA